AUGACAACUUUGCAGGUCAGUGAAGCAGAGCUGAUGUCGUUGAAUCAGCAAAAGAAAAUUGAGGAGCUUGAAGCUCAGCUCCAGGAAGCCGAGGAAAUAGUUAGAGACUUAAGAGCAGAGUUGAGAGAAACCCAGGAUGAGCUGGAGAAUGUGACAAAACACCAAAUGCAAUCCCCUGUUGAGCAAAACAUAGAAGUUGUAACUCAGGAAAAUUUUCUGCAAGAUAACAGACUUGAUCCUGAUGAUGGAUCUAUUUAUUCUGCACCUGGUUUACGGUUUGAAUCAGUCUCUAUUUCUAACACCCGGAAUCCAACUGUAAAUGGAUCCAUUGAUAGCAGUAAGUUCUGUGGGUCACAUGAUCAUACAAACAACUGCUACAUUCAUAACCCUGACUUUGCAUCCAUAGUCAUAAGGAGGAAAGAGCCCAAGCUCUACAGAAAUGGAUGCACUCAGAGAAUACAUGCAUUUGAAAGGAGCCUUUUUGAUGGAAAUAUGUCUGUUUCAGGAAACUUAGAUAAUGUACAGGAUGAAACUUUAGUGAGUGUACAUGAAGAAGGUAAAGCGAUGACUUUAUCAACUAAUGCCAAAGAUGAUAUUAUUUGUGAAAAGGAGAAACCAGAUGAACUUAAAGUGGUGAAAGCAGAUGCUGAAGUUGUCAAAGUUCCAGUUCAUAGAAGAAAGAGAAGAUUUGGGAAAAGGAAGGCUAUUAAAUCUAGAUUACAUUCUAACCAGGUUAAGGAAACAAAUAAAGAAUCACACAUGUCUUGUGCAAAAGAUUCUCCACUUGUAUUGGUUAGCGGUGACCCCUCAAGGGUGAGUUCUUCUAUGAUACAUGGAAAUGAAACACAGAAGGAUGUAAUGUCUCCUGUUGCUGAUGUACCUACAGACACAACUGCAAAGAACGAGGAAUCAGGAUCUCAUAGCAAUACUGAAAAUGGGGAAGUAUUUCUUAAAGCCUGUGGGGCUUGGAACAAAGCUAAAGAUGACAAGGAACCCAUGGAUAAAUCAGAUUUAACAAGACAAGAUAGUUUGUCUGCUGAAAGUGUGGAGGUUCCAGCUUGUAAAAAUGUUGAAGCAUCUAAUGUGUCAUUGGAUAAAAUGGAUCCAAAAGUAUCUGAUGUAGAUGCAAAGGUUUCUAAUAGACCUACAAGUGAUAGGUUUCUUAAGUACACAUUCUGUAGAAAGCGUAAGAAGGAGGUUGUUAGCUGUGAUGAUGAUUGCUCUCAAGAUAAUACCAAUUCAAAGAAAAAGUGUGGAGAGAAGCAAGAAGGUCAUCUGGAGCCUCAGAAAUCUUGUACAAUGACUGAAUCAUCCCGGGACAGCCGACGAUUAGCACAGGUUGCUCGUCAGCCAUGGCAUCAUCUUGGAGAUGAUGACUCCAAUUAA